GGCCCCGCCCCCUACCUCUGGCCGCGCGGAUCAGCUUCCAGCCCAGUCGGCCCGGCCCGGGGGCCAUGGAGCUCCGAGCAGCGGAUCGCGAGCCUCCUGCGAACCCCAGCCUGCACGCCCGGUUAGCACUCGGCCGGGAGAUGCGGCAGUGGAAUCUGGAAGGGCGGUGAAAAACCCACGUCCUGCCCUCCCCCGGCCUCUCCAUUCGUCCCCCGGGUAGAGAGGUGCCCGGCUCCCACCCCUUCCCAGCCCCAGCCCUGGAGACAGCAGCCCCUAGACUACUGAGGGACAGCAACAGCAUGAAGGCUCCGGUAAGUGGGAAGAAGGAGGACUUCCAGGGAACGCAGAGGCCCCGACCGGCGGAGCAGCUCAGCAGCCUCUCCACCUCAGGACCCACUGCCACUUCCGACCUCCCUGCUGCCGAGCAGAGAAGGGCAGAAUGGCCUCAAAGUCCAGCCCUGUUCUUGCAGACCGUGUGGCCCCAGGCGGGUGGCAUCCACUCUGCGGGGGUCGGCUCGUGCUCAUCAUCCUGUGCUCCGUGGUCUUCUCUGCCAUCUACACCCUCCUGUGCUGCUGGGCCGGCCUGCCUCUCUGCCUGGCCACCUGCCUGGACCACCACUUCCCCACAGGCUCCAGGCCCACCGUGCCGGGCCCCCUGCACUUCAGUGGAUAUAGCAGUGUGCCAGAUGGGAAGCCGCUGGUCCGCGAGCCGUGCCGCAGCUGUGCCGUGGUGUCCAGCUCCGGCCAAAUGCUGGGCUCAGGCCUGGGUGCUGAGAUCGACAGUGCUGAGUGCGUGUUCCGCAUGAACCAGGCGCCCACCGUGGGCUUUGAGGCGGACGUGGGCCAGCGCAGCACCCUGCGUGUCAUCUCACACACAAGCGUGCCGCUGCUGCUGCGCAACUAUUCACACUACUUCCAGAAGGCCCGAGACACGCUCUACGUGGUGUGGGGCCAGGGCAGGCACAUGGACCGGGUGCUUGGCGGCCGCACCUACCGCACGCUGCUGCAGCUCACCAGGAUGUACCCCGGCCUGCAGGUGUACACCUUCACCGAGCACAUGAUGGCCUACUGCGACCAGAUCUUCCAGGAUGAGACGGGCAAGAACCGGAGGCAGUCGGGCUCCUUCCUCAGCACCGGCUGGUUCACCAUGAUCCUCGCGCUGGAGCUGUGUGAGGAGAUCGUGGUCUAUGGGAUGGUCAGCGACAGCUACUGCAGGGAGAAGAGCCACCCCUCAGUGCCUUACCACUACUUCGAGAAGGGCCGGCUGGAUGAAUGUCAGAUGUACCUGGCACACGAGCAGGCGCCCCGAAGCGCCCACCGCUUCAUCACUGAGAAGGCGGUCUUCUCCCGCUGGGCCAAGAAGAGGCCCAUCGUGUUCGCCCAUCCGUCCUGGAGGACUGAGUAGCCUCCGUCGCCCUGCCAGCCGCCAUGCCGUUGCGAGGCCUCCGGGAUGUCCCAUCCCAAGCCAUCACACUCCACAAAAACAUUUAAUUUAUGGAUCCUGCCUCCUGCCAUGUGCUGGGUGGACCUAAGGUUCCUUCCCGCCCCAUUCCGGCAACACUUGGAGCCAUCUCAGGCCUCAUGACUUGAAGGGGAGUGGAGUGGGGAGCCCUGUCUCCCCACUCCACUCCCUGAGUAAUUCAUGGCAUUUGGGGGCUCACCCCACCUCCAGGUCUGUCAAGUGGCCUUUGUCCCUGGGGCUGAUGGCCCCCAACUCACCAGCAUCAUGACCUUGUGCCAGUCCUGGUCCUCCCUCCCCAGCCGCCCCUACCACCUUUUGGUGCCACACUUCUCAGGCUGGCCGCCCUGGUUGGGGCAGCCGAGAGCCUGGGGUUCAUUGGUGAAGGGGCCUUGGAGUUGUGACUGCCGGGGCCGUAUCAGGAAAGUACGGGUAAACAUGUGUUUUCUGGA